AUGACCGACCACGACUCCCUCAUCAGCAACUUUUAUAUGGACGAGAAUACCGAACAGUCGGCACCUAGUUCGUCUGCCCCUGUCACCGGGCCAGAGUACACCGGUCCACGGACAUUAGACGGCCGCCCUGCUCCGGAAUAUGCUCGCGCCCCCACGACAUCUUCAGCUAAGAAGCCCCAGAAACGCACUGGCAUCGCCACAUUGUCCUCUCUCAGCAGGCGUGAUGAAGAGGACGACGGAGAUGACGAUGACGAUGAGGGUCGUGGCCCUUUAUUCGCUGGUGGUGAAAAAUCCGGUCUUGCAGUCCAGGAUCCCUCACAGAGGUCCUCAGACCCUCGGAGACUGAUCAACGACAUUGUGGCCAAGGCCAAGGCGAACACUCGUCAGUCUAGUGAAGAAUCGGCAGGUCCUUCGAGGCGGCGCUUCUGGGGUCCUGGCCAGACUCUUGGUGGCGAUGGUGUGGAAAGCCGCAGAGUUGAGGACCCUAACGCUCCGGGCCAGAGCGACGAAGGCCCAGUCCAAGAAAGAGUCCUCCACCUUUGGAACGAUGGAUUUAGCAUUGAUGAUGGUCCGUUACGGCGAUACGAUGACCCUCAGAACCGUGCAGAUCUCGAGAUGAUUCGGCAAGGCCGAGCGCCAAUCCACUUGAUGAAUGUCCGCCUAGACCAGCGUGUCGACGUCAAGUUGCAGCAGCAUAACGAGAACUACCGUCCUCCGCCGAAGGUUUAUCGCCCGUUUAGUGGCCAAGGCCGUAGACUGGGCAGUCCCGUCCCCGGAGAGUCUACUCCCAUUGUCCCUCCACCGGCUGCAACCACUGGCUCUAGCUCCACUCAGGCCCCGUCUACCGGCGCCAACGCAUCACAGCCAACUGUUACGAUCCGAAUCCAGCUGCCGGAUGGCACGCGGCUGCCGGCACAAUUCAACACUACCCAAACCGUUGGAGACCUCUACGACUUUGUCUCACGCGCCUCCACGUCGCUGAGCGGUCGCUCGUGGGUUAUCUCUACAACUUUCCCAAACAAAGACCAUGAGGACAAGAGUUUGGUAUUAGGCGAGAUGCCGGAGUUCAAGAGGGGUGGUACUGCCGUUGUCAAAUGGAAGUAA